GCAGGCGCUCAGGGGCGCCGCGUCCCGCGGGAGCAAAGUGACAGCAUCAAGGGCCCGCCUCCCAGCCGGGAAGGAGGCGUGGGCUCCAGUCUGGGCUCGGCGGUGGAGCUGGGGGCGCCUGCCGCUGCCUAGGGCGCCCCCCGAGGCCUUGUAAGGGCGCGCGGCUCCGGGGACUGGUGGUCCGGACGCCGACGCGGCUUGGCGUUGCGCGGAUGGCCCUCCUCCGGUGUCCCGCGCUCGCUCUCCUCCUCCUUGUCCUCACCCCGGUGCUCACGUGCCAGGAAGAGGCUCAGCCCGCCGACUGGAGGGCCACCCUGAAGACUAUCCGGAACGGCGUUCACAAGAUCGACACGUACCUGAACGCGGCCUUGGACCUCCUGGGAGGCGAAGACGGUCUCUGCCAGUAUAAGUGCAGUGACGGAUCUAAGCCUUCCCCACGUUAUGGUUUUAAACCCUCCCCGCCGAAUGGAUGUGGCUCUCCACUAUUUGGUGUUCAUCUUAAUAUCGGCAUCCCUUCCCUGACAAAGUGCUGCAACCACCACGACAGGUGCUAUGAGACCUGCGGCAAGAGCAAGAACGACUGUGAUGAGGAGUUCCAGUACUGCCUCUCCAAGAUCUGCCGGGAAGUGCAGAAAACACUAGGACUCACUCAGCACGUUCAGGCAUGUGAAACAGCAGUGGAGCUCUUGUUUGACAGCGUUAUACAUUUAGGCUGUAAACCGUACCUGGACAGCCAACGAGCCGCCUGCUGGUGUCGCUACGAAGAAAAAACAGAUCUUUAAAGAAGAUGCUGCCAGGUGGUGACAGCAGAUGAGGAUGAAAGAACAUAACCUUUGGCAAAGAACUAAUGGAUUUUACAGCAUAAAACUGCCUUAUUCUUAUUGUAAGACCUUAUUUUGACAUUAAAACUUCAAACUAAAAACACAAAAAAAAACCCUAAAAUAGCCCUGACUGGUGUGGCUCAGUGGAUUAAGUCCUGACCUGCAAACCAAAGGGUCACAGGUUCAAUUCCCAGUCAGGGCACAUGCCUGGGUUGUGGACCAGGUCCCUGGUGAGGGACAUGUGAGAAGCAACCACAUGUUGAUGUUUCUCUCUCUUUCUCCCUCCUUUCCCUUCUCUCUAAAAAUAAAUAAGUAAAAUCUUUUUUAAAAAUCCACAAAGCUUCAAACUAAAGAAAAAGUCGGGGAGGUUAUGUUCCUGGAUACAUUGCUGCCUUAGUGUGCCAGGUAGUCUUGACCACUGUCGGGAAGACAUGUGUGUUACCAUAUUUACAAAACAAAAAAAUGAAGUCAAAUGUCAAAUUCAUUAUAAUGUAUGUUCAACAUUAUCUUAUUUGGAAAUAUGGGGAGACCAUCACUCAGAAGUGUUAUUUGCCUACGAGAAAAAUUUAAAUAUACAUUUAUGCCUGGAAGAACCUGACUUUAUUUUUUUUAUAUUUUAAUUAAUACAAAAUAUGCUAUUUUUCUGUAGCCCAUUGAGCAUAUGAGGAAGUCACAUUUCUAUUAAUGACAGGACUAAUUACAAGGACAAGGUCUCCAUGUCUACUUGUCCUAUAAAAUUGGACCAUUCGCCGGUGACCUCUUAGGGAGCAAAUGAAGAUAAGUAGGUAUUACAUAAUAUGCCUAGGAAGUGAUGUGAAUAAAAUUCAGAAGCACAGCCUCUCAUUUUAUGAACCACUCCUCUGACAAAUGUCAUAUUUUGCUAUAAUCUUUGCCUAAAUUGGAGAAAGAUAGAUUUAAUGAGACAAAUGAAAAGUUGUUUAAAAUACACAUCAUAGCAUUAUAUUCUGUUAUGCUGUAGUGUUUAUUCUCUAACUUGCUCCUCAUAGUAGAUUCUGGGAUAUUUUUAUUAAGUGAACUUAAUAAGAAUUGUUCAUGAUAUUGUUGGGUGGUUUAAGUCUUAACUGUGGGGUCAAAAGGGAUAGCAAAGCAAGAUACAAAGAACUGUCUUUUAUAAGUCUCUCACUUACAUGAAAAAUUACUAACAGAUGUUUAAGAGCAAAUCCCACAACCUCAACUGCCUCUGAAAAUAUGGGUGUGGAGAGCUUUUCAGCCCCUUAGAAAGCUCAGCUGUGGUCCUUGACUACUGUUUGCUCACUGCUGGCUGUCAACUUUCCUUAGCCCAGAAUCCCAAGCCAUAUGUAUCUUUUGAGUAACCUGUGAUCAAAGUUAUUAAGACAAACUACUUGGAAAGUCAGAGAAAUACACCACCAGGAGAAGUGGUUCUUUUUAAGUCAUUACAGGCAGAAUUUGGAAGAAAGAAAAAUAUGUUCUGGAAAAAAGGCUGCAUUCCUAACUAAAUACAGCAGGUCCUCAACAUCAUUGAUGAGAUGAUACAGCAACUUAACUCCUGUUUUUACCAGUUAGCCUAUGGUAAAACUUGCUUUGUUAUACGAAGUUGCACUUAAAGUCACACAACCUAUCGACAGUGAAGUCAUACUUACUGUACAUGUCAUUGUUGAGAACCCGACGGCUACCCCAGCUGAGGUGGCGGUAGCUGUUCUGCUCAGAGAUGUGUCCUCCAGCAGACGAGGCAAGUGUGUCUCCCUCCUCAGGGCUAAGUGAACAGACUGGGAACUUAACGUUUGGAACUCUUAAUUGAUACUUUUCAGACUUUUUUAAAGGUAGUUUUAUAAGCCAUUAUCAGUAUUUAAUCUUUAUCAAUAUUUAUUGUUGAAAUACUUGACCAAGUAACUUGAAACUUGUAAUAAAUUCAUGGACUUUCUUGGCAGCAUUGGGUUUCUCAAGACAAACUCAGAAUGUCUUUUUAAAUAUUUAAUUCGUCAUCAUAUAUACAAAAAUCAGUAGCUGUUUUUAUAUGUUCAGGUUUUUAAAAACUUAUCUUGGAAUAUUUUAGAUUUACAAAAAAAAGCUGCAAAAAAAUAAUAUGAACACUUACUCUAUAUUUCCUACCCCUAAUGUUAACAUUUUAAUAUAACCAUGGAACAGUUGUUAAGAAACCAACAUUGGUAAUUAGUAUUAAUUAAACUCAACUCUACUUGGA